CAGGUUAGUAAAGGAGUGGCUCCAACUGUCUUCCACAUGCGCCGCAAUUGGGGUGAGGGAGGAGCGGCAGGUGGUGCUGGUGCUGCUGUGCGACGGACGAGGAGGGGGGAACACCAAGCUGAAUGUGGCCGCCUCAGGGCUUCCCAGUUGAGCAACACGUCCUUAUUGAGGUUGUCGAUGGCGUAGGUGUGGGCCGACGCGCAGGACAUGUGUCCGAGCGUGAAGAGCCCUGCGCUGCGGACGGCCAUCGACACCUCGUAGAUGGCGUCGGCGGCCUGUUGUCAGGGAAGUUGUACACGUCGCAAUGCGUGCCGCCCUCCCGCGGCACACCAACUGUGGACAAAACACACAGAGAGGACAAAUUCCACCACGAAUAGGGCCUUCUUCUUAUGAUUCUUUCUGCACACUUACUCUUCAGCCACGGCAUGGCAAUGAAGGUACACUGCUUUUCAAACUGCACCUCCUCGCCCCUCAUCUUCCUGAAGACGGCCGGCGCUCCGAGGCCCAUGACGGUGGCGCAGCAGGUCCAUUGCAUAUCAAGCAGCGAUCUUAAGAGACAUCAUGAUAUAAAGUGGAGGCACCGAUGGCUGGUGUGCCUGCCUGUCCACCGGCCAAACCAAAGUCGUCGACGUAGUCAGUGUCAUCUGCAUCAACGAGACACGCCAAACGACAGGAGCCACGUGUAUCCUCUCGUCUGUAGCAGAGACACACGUACCCAUGCGGUGGGUGGGGUGCCUCCUCACAGCCAGUCGCAGCUACCAAGAAGCAGGCCGUCUGGUCCGCUGCCAGUGGACUUCCACCAUCCCGCCUCCCCUUCCACCCCUCUUGCUCUCUUGCCCCAUUCACCAUACUGUCGGGGGUGCUGAGGAGGGAGAUGGUGAAUGCGUGUGAGUGCAGAUGAGUGGCAUACUCCCUUCCUGUCUUGUGUGGGCACCCCACCUCGAUCCCACAGAUCUUGGCGAGUCCCACGAGGUGGCCACAUCGGUCCUCGGGGUCGCCUCGUCGGUCGUUGAGCUGCUGGGGCUGCGAUGGCAAGCCGUCCGCUCUCCCACCGCACUCACAUCCCCAGCAGUCGCCAAGACGUUGGUCGACCCGCUCACCUGAAGGCGCACAGCAAACACCUUACGCGUAUUGCAACAGUGCCAUGAAUGUUUGUGCAUUCAUUCACUGGCUGUGUUAACCGUGCAGAGGGGGCUGCUGGCUGGUCUUUGUGCCAGGAAGGGCAGCUCAGCUUCCUCCGACGGCAUACGACUAGACAGCAAGUCGGGGUGGGGAGGUGGGGGGGGAGGUGGGGUGGGUGUUGGCCUAUGUGUGGGGCUGACUGACCUCGAGUUUGAUGUUGUAUAUGCUCUGAUAGUACUCGCCCACCUUGCACUCUCGGCUGUUUUUGUCACGGAUUUUCGGUGGCGCGAGUGUUGAAGGGGCUUCUGCUCCUCCACCUGCAGACAGACAGAUGUGGACAUACAGACAUUUGGGGAAACAUUGCAUUCCUCUGAUACAUGCUGGCUCCGUUGCACAGGCUCCGUUGUUCGUGUGUGUGUGUGUUGGUUCUUACGUCGUCGUAAUGUGAUAUCGGACGUAGAGCAUGGCCUCGUGUUUGAACACAUUGAGCGUCUCCUUCAUCUUGUAGUGGUCCAGAAAGGACGCCAGCAGGUCGCACACAAGCAAACCUGACACACACACGGAGACACACACACAUAGGUCCUCUGUCUGUCUGUCUGUCUGUCUCUCUGUGUGUGGGGUUGCCUGUCUGACCAUGUGCCGACUCUUUGAGCCGUUUGAUGCCCUCAUCCAGCUCCUCUGCCCGCUCGUCGUCGACAGUCGGCGGAAUGCGACUCAUCAUCUGAAAGACUUGAUACCGGCCCUCAAGUCUGGAGGAGGAGCUGACGGUGGGCCUCAGGAAGCCCUCGCUGCCCGUCACCCAACGCAGACGACGGAGACGGUCUGGAGCGACGGGCUGGGGCGCCGGGGCUAGGCCGCUGCGGACAGCCGCUCUCGCCUCCGCUCUCGCCUGACAGUGGUACGGUUCGCCCCUCACUCGCCCAGCUGCCAAUGGGCUCCCCCCCACGGCAGCGGCGGCCGAAAGCUGCAUGGGCGCAACAGGGGCUGCGGGGUCGUGGAGAGGGGCUGACUUGAUCGGGAACUGUCGCUGCCGAAUCUCACGGGCGGGGCGGGGACCUGAAGGGUGAGUGUGGGUGGUUGGUCUGCCCUCUGAGGCCUCCCACGAUCCGUUCUGCAACCGCCCCUCGAGUGUGUAGUUGAUGAUGUCCAGCAGCAGGGGGCCGUCCGUGGGUGCCGACGAGACUGGGGGCGGGAGGGGCAGGGACCCGCACAGCUGCUCCUUGGACAGCACGAUGUAGCGACGGGACACUAUCUCCUCCGGCAAGCGGCCCUGAUUGACCACAUGGGAGGGGGGAGGUGUUCGUGUGUGUGUGUGUGUGUGUGUGUGGGUCCUUACGUCGUCGUAUUGCUCGUGUUUGAAAACAUUUAGCGUCUCCUUUAUUCCGUAGUAGUCCAAAAGCGAUGCCACUAGGUCGCACACAAGCGAACCUGACACACACAGGAAGACACACACACAUAGGUCCCCUGUCUGUCUGUCUGUCUGUGGGGUUGCCUGUCUGACCAUGCGGCGAGUCUUUGAGCCGCUUGAUGCCCUCCACGAGCUCAUCUGCCCGCUCGUCGUGGGCAGUCGGCGGCCUACCACUCAUGAGCUGAAACACUUGACUCUUCAACUCCGCCUGUGCACACAGCAAUCAGCCCGACACACACAUACACACACAGAGCAAUGAAUGAAUCCCAACCCCACAAAGCAGCUCACCUUGAUCCUCGGCAGGAUGCCCUGCUGCACCAUGGCCCCUAUCACAUGCUCCUUCAACACCGCCACCUUCUCCCGACCAGCAGGCCCCCCGUAGUACCUCCCCUCUCGUGGCGCUCUUCGUCCCCCAGCACCCUGCUCUUCAGCCCGGGCUCCCGGGCGAUGGUCGACGGGCGCCUGUCGCGGCCCUCGUCGCGCAGAAUGCGCUCGAUGCGCGCUUCCUCCUCUGGGUCUUCAUGAGGUUCGCCCCGCCAAGCUGCCAGUGGCCUCCCCCCGACGGCAGCGGCGGCCGACAACUCGGGAGACGGACUGGGCGGUGAGAGCUGGGAAGCACCAUCUGGUUCAUCAGCACACCACAACACAGCCACAACACAGCCACAACCAAACCUUCGUCAGUUGGCUGAGAGAAAGAGGGAUGGGCCGUCUUUGACCAGUGCGCCGCGCUUUGUCGUCCGAUAGAAACCCCAAACUUACCCAUGGUGAUCAUUGCCGGCUUUCUUCGGCUCGAUACUUGAAUGGUGCCGUCCACUAGAAGGACGCUGUCCAUCCUUUCAAACUGCACCCCCUUCUUGAUGUCGUUUUCAACUGUGCCGAAAAGUGGCCGGUAUACAUGCGGCGCAAACAGGCGGACUCCAUGGACACUUUGAGAUGUAGUUGGUUGGAGGGCAAGUUCUUUUUCUUCCAUGCGUCGCGGACGUAGACCUGGGGGUCCUGCACCA